AUGGCCGAGUCCGCUAUGUAUACAAAAACCCUCGGGGUGUUAGCAGCAGUAGCGGCGGCAGUCAGCAACAAACAGUCACAAAAUAAAACGAAACGACGUCGUCGUAACUUUUCAAGUUCAACAUCGUCAUCAUAUUCAUCAUCAUUGGCAACAACAUCGACAGUCCAAUCGAGUAUUGUUGCACCAGCAUCAUCAAGUAAGAAACUAUCACGCGAACAACAAGCAACAUCAUCAUCUUCUGUUAAAGAUUUGAUUGCAUAUCGAACACGUUCACGAACACAAUCGACUGAACGUGGGGUUGAUUUAGAUUCCAUUGGUAGUCUUAAACGCAAAUCAUUACGAGCGUCUCGCUCACAUUUAUUAAGUGACAGUGAUUUUGACGACGAACUAAGUCAAGAAGAAGAAGAGGAGGAAGAAGAAGAAUUGGAAGAGGAAGGAGCUGAAAGUGAUAAAAAUAAUAAGAGACAAAAGACAAUUUCAAAUACAAUUCGUAAUAGUAAACUACGUGGAGUUGGUGUAAGCAACUCAAGUAAAAUUUGUGACAAAACAGUAACAAAUAAAUUGACAGAAAGUUCAUCGAAGAUCAGUUUAAAUAGUGAUAAAAAUCAAUCAACAUCUCGAACUCUUCGCUCACGUAUAAAAAAUAGUUAUCAACCUUCGACAAUUGCAUUGAAUUUAAGAAGUAAGACAACAGCAGUAACAACAACUAAAACAUCAACAAGUGUUCAAAUACCAAAGAAACGGCAACGUAUUGGUGAGCAACAAACUCAUCAAUCGUGUAGUGUGUUAACGAAUCCAGAAAGUACGGGUUCAAGUAGUAAAGCCCCGAACCUGGGGGCACGUUUAUCUCGUAAUAGUGGUCGGGAGCCCCAUUCAAAUACAACACAAGAUUUAACCGUCAAUAACACCACACAACAGCAGCCGGGGCAACCACCACAAAAUUUGCUGCGCCGCAGCUCACGUGGCAAAGGAGCUUCUUCUUCUUCAACAACGGGGUCUUGCGUUUCAUCAUCAACUUCCACCAACGCUGUCGCCACUAACUCAACAAUAGCCGUAGCAUCUUCAUCAUCAACAUCAUCACGUACAUCAAAUCGUAGUGGAAAAGCAUCAGCAGCGAUAGCAGGAAAACAUCAACAACAGCUUUCAAAUUGUGGAACGAGUGGAAUCAUUGAUUUAAAUCCUUCAUCAUUGACGUCACAAAGUGGUGUUACAUCAGCUUUAGUGAGUAAUCUAGCUGCAGGAACAUCACAAGCAGGGACAUCUGGCCAUCAUCCAGAUUCAGAAAGUGAUGAUAGUGAGGUUGGAAGAUUACAAGCAUUACUUGAAGCUCGCGGACUUCCACCACAAUUAUUUAGCGCACUUGGACCACGUAUGCAUACACUUUUACAUCGUACAAUGGGUGCAAAUAGUUCAUCAAAAGCACAACAAUUACUUCAAGGACUUCAGUGUCAAGAUGAAAGUCAACAGCUUCAAGCAGCAAUAGAAAUGUGUGAAAUGCUUGUAAUGGGAAAUGAAGACACACUCGCUGGUUUUCCAAUAAAACAAGCAGUUCCAGCAUUGAUUAAUCUCGUUCGAAUGGAGCAUAAUUUUGAUAUGAUGAAUCAUGCAUGUCGCGCAUUUGCUUAUAUGUUGGAGGCAUUGCCAAGAUCAUCAGGAACAGUUGUUGAUGCUAUUCCAGCUUUACUUGAAAAGUUGCAAACAAUUCAAUGUAUGGAUGUUGCUGAACAAAGUUUAACAGCUUUGGAAAUUUUAUCAAAACGACAUAACAAAGCAAUCUUACAAGCGAAUGGUGUUUCAGCUUGUCUCACAUUCUUAGAUUUCUUCUCAACAAAUGCACAACAUGCAGCGCUGGCAAUCACGGCAAAUUGCUGUUUAAAUCUUCAUGCCGAAGAAUUUCAAUUUGUUAAAGAUUCAUUACCAUUAUUGGCACGUUUACUUGAACAACAAGAUAAAAAAAGUGUCGAACGCAUAUGUAAUGCAUUUUAUCGUCUUAUUGAUAGUUUUCAACAAGAUCCAGUGACAUUACAAGAAAUUGCCAGCAUGGAAUUACUUAAGAACUGUCAACAAUUACUUGUUGUAACACCACCAGUUCUUAACUCACUUACAUUCACAAAUGUUGUACGAAUGUUAAGUGUAAUGUGUGCCAAUUGCCCUGAUUUGGCAAUAACGUUACUCAAAAAUGACAUAGCAUCGACACUACUUUAUCUUCUUACAAACUCAGCAAUACGAACAUCAAAUGGUGAAGUUGAUCUUGUUCAGCGUAGUCCAUCAGAACUUUAUGAGAUCACAUGUUUAAUAGGCGAACUUAUGCCACGUUUGCCAAAUGACGGAAUCUUCUCUGUCGAUGCAUUAUUAGAACGUUCUAAUAACAAUUCACAAGAUGCUGUUCAAUGGCAAUGGCGUGAUGAGAAAGGUGUAUGGCGUUCAUAUUCAGCAAUAGAUUCAAGAAUAAUUGAAGCAGCACAUUUAAAUUCAGAUGAGGAGAUAAGUUUAAGCACAAUGGGGCGAACAUAUACGAUUGAUUUUCAUGCAAUGCAACAAAUAAAUGAAGAUAGUGGAACAACGAGAGCUGUACAACGCAAAGUAAAUGCACACAUUGAACAAUCACCUGUUGCUUCUGGUGGAUUAGAUAAUGAAGGAUUCUCUGGUAUGAUGAAUUUAGCUGCACGGCCACCAAAUGCAACCAGAGAUGCACGUAUAGCAUGUUUAAAAGAAGAACGUGGUUUAGCAGCUGAAUUCAUUAAAAAUCUUUUCUCAGUAUUGUAUGAAGUUUACAGUUCAUCAGCUGGACCAUCAGUUCGUUACAAAUGUCUUCGUGCACUUCUUCGUAUGGUUUAUUUUGCUAAUGCUGAUCUUUUACGUGAUGUUUUAAAGAAUCAACUUGUGUCAUCACACAUUGCUGGAAUGAUGGCUUCAAAUGAUCUUCGUAUUGUUGUUGGUGCACUUCAAAUGGCUGAAAUUUUAAUGCAAAAACUCCCUGAAGUUUUUUCUAUUCAUUUUCAACGUGAAGGUGUGAUGCAUCAAAUAAAUCAAUUAGCUGAUCCAUUAGUUCCAAUUUGUUCAGUACCAUCACCAAAAUCAAAUGCUGUUGGGCCAAGUACGAGUGCACCACCAAGUGCUCUUGCAACAUCAUCUCUCGCACAAUUUGAUUUCGAUAAUGCUAUAGCAUCAACAUCAAAAGGAAUUACAUCAUCACAUGUUAAAAAUUUAAAUUCAUCAAUGGCUAUGGCAAGUAAAAUGACGAUGCCAAUGCCAUCAACAAGUUCUUUAUUAUUACAGCCAUCGCAAACAUCAUCAGCUCAAGGAACGUUUGCAAUCAACUUAAAUGCAACAGCCGCUGCGGCAAAUAAAUCAAUGAUAACAAGUGGUGGUAUUCAAAUUGAAUCACUUAGUGGAUCACCACCAUCACCAUCAAAUAAUGGAAAUUUAUUAAUGAAUGCCAUUUAUCAUGGUGUUAAUAAUAUACCAGAUCCAGCAGCUGUUCGAAGUUAUCAUCCAGCUCUUCAUGGUGGAAAUGUUUAUUCUGCACAGCAUCAACAACCGACACUUUUUCAAUCAGCAUCAGCUCCAACACCAUCACAAGAAACGCUUUCAUUUACAUCUUUAGAUCCAAAUCCUUCAAGCGGUGAAAGAUCAAGCGGUGGAUUAAAUAAAGUGUCGGAUAUUUUGAAACGAAAAGUUCCGCCAAAAAGAAAGUCACAGCACAAUAAUAAAUCUAAGAAUCGAAAUGAUGAUCAACAGCAACAUCAAUCAGCAAGCUCAUCAUCAACAACAUCAUCAGGGAAUGUUGUUCAAGACUUUAUUAACAGGGCUAGUAAUUUGGGAACAUCGUCGUCAUCAUCAGGUCGUAACAAUACACCAUCAACAGCAGCAAGUUCGUCAUCGUCAACACGGUCAAGAUUUUCUGGUGCAUCAUCUAAAACUACCUCAUUCUUAGCAUCAUUGAAUCCUGUACGAUGGGGAAGAACAUCUUCAUCGCAUUCAACAUUCAGUGGUUCAAGUAGCACAAGUAAGGAUGGAUCAAAUAACUUGAGUAAAAGUACAUCAAGUUCAAAUUUAAUUGCCGCUGGUAAUCGCGAAAAAGCACGUCAAUGGAUCAGAGAUCAAUCGAUUUUAUUUGUGAAACGUUAUCAUGAGUCUUCCGGUGUACAUCCUGCAUUGACAAUUCUUGAAAGACUUAAAACUGCUAUUCAAAAGCUUAAUGGAUCAUACGAUCAUUGUUUGAGGGCUUUGGAAGAGUUGAGAAAUAUUUUAAUGGAAAGUGACAUUUCACCAUUUGAAGUUAAUCAUUCGGGACUUAUAAAAGCAAUGUUAAAUUAUAUGACAAAUGAAAAUGGAAAUGUUUCAAGAAAUGAUCGUUUACGAUCUUUUCUUAAUGUCUUCACUGCAUUACCGUUGGAUGGAAAUCAUAGUGGCAUAGUUUCAAUAAAUUCAGCACCAUUUAGUGCAUUCGUUGCAAAACUCAAUGGAUGUGUCACGCAACUGGAACAGUUCCCUGUUAAAGUUCAUGAUUUUCCGUCGGGAACUGGUGGUCGUUCCAAUACAAGUGCUCUUAAGUUCUUUAACACGCAUCAACUAAAGUGCAAUCUACAACGCCAUUCUGACUGCAGUAAUUUACGCCAAUGGAAAGGUGGAACUGUAAAAAUUGAUCCACUUGCUCUUGUCCAAGCAAUUGAAAGAUAUUUAGUUAUACGUGGUUAUGGUGGGAUUCGAACAGAUUCAGAAGAAGAUUCUGAAGAAGACAUUGACAACAUUGAUACAGCUGCAAUGAUUAGCAUGGGUGGAACUAAGCAUAAAUUACAAUUUCUUAUUGGUGACCAUGUGUUGCCAUACACAAUGACAGUUUAUCAAGCAAUACGUCAGUAUUCCCCAUUGGUUAAUGAUCAAUCUGAGACUGAUACAGACACUGAAACUCCAAUUGGUAAUGCGAGUAUCUGGAUACAACAACACACAAUUUAUUAUCGGCCAGUCGAAGAGAAUUCAAAUAGUGGAAGUUCAAGUAAAAGUGUAAACUCAUUAGCAACGUCAACAUCAUUCAAUGCAUCGCGUAAAAACAGCAAAAAUUCUCUAGCAAAAGUUCAAAAUCGUCGUAGACCUGAGUUUUGGGCUGAUGGUAGUGUACCGCCAAUAGCGUCGCCACUUGUUCCAUUUCUUGUACCAAAAUUACCCGAUCUUGAGACCGUUGAAGAUGCAUCAAUUGAAGUUCUUGCUUUAUUGAGAAUUCUUAAUGGACUUAAUCGUCAUUGGCCUUCACUUUACUAUUCCGUACCACAUUCGCAUGUCAUUAGUCAAAGUGAUUUCAUUCAUUCAAAGAUUGCUGCAAAAGCAAGUCGCCAACUUCAAGAUCCACUUGUAAUUAUGACUGGAAAUCUUCCAACAUGGUUACAAGAAAUCUCAACAGCAUGUCCAUUCUUGUUUCCUUUUGAAACACGCCAUUUGUUGUUUUAUGCCAUCUCAUUUGAUCGUGAUCGUGCUUUACAACGUUUAAUUGAUACAACACCAGAUCUCAAUUCUGCAGAUACAUCAGAACGUGUGACACCACGUCUGGAUCGUCGUAAACGUGCAAUAUCACGUGAAGAUAUUCUUAAGCAAGCUGAAGUUAUAAUACAAGAUUUUGGACAUUCAAAGGCACUUCUUGAAAUUCAGUAUGAAAAUGAAGUUGGAACUGGUUUAGGACCAACGCUUGAAUUUUAUGCUCUCGUCUCUACUGAAUUACAACGCAUUGAUUUGGGAUUGUGGAAUGAUAGCGACACCACUAAUCCGCAAUAUGUUAAUGCACCAUGUGGUUUGUUUCCAUUGUCUUUAAGCAAGACUGCAAAAACUUCACAAAUUUCACGUCUCAAGUUUAAAUUUAAAUUCUUGGGCAAAUUCAUGGCAAAAGCUGUAAUGGACAGUCGAAUGUUGGAUCUUCCAUUCUCAAUUCCAUUUUAUCGUUGGUUGUUAGCAGAGGAGAACUCUCUUAGUCUUUGUGAUUUAGGACAAAUUGCACCGGAAGUGCAGGGCACUUUGUUAAGACUUAAUGAGAUUGUAAAGCAACGUGAAAUUAUUCAAUCUGAUCCAACACUUGAUGCAAUGGAAAAGACUGAAAAGAUUGAAGCCUUAGAUUUGGACGGCUGCCCGAUUGCUGAUCUUGGUCUAGAUUUUGUUCUUCCAGGAUUUCCAAACAUUGAACUACGUCGCGGAGGUCGUGAUAUUCCUGUUACUAUUCACAACCUCCAUCAAUACAUAUCGCUUGUGACACAUUGGUUUUUGGUUGAAGGUGUUAACAGACAAUUCGAAGCAUUCCGUGAAGGUUUCAAUUCCGUAUUUCCGAUUCAUCAUCUUCGUAUUUUUUAUCCUGAGGAAUUAGAAAAUGUUUUCUGUGGUUCAGGAACAUCAAGUUAUACAAAAUGGGAUACUCGAAUGUUAGCUGAAUGUUGUCGUGCUGAUCACGGUUUCUCACAAGACUCAAUCGCUAUUCAAUAUUUCUACGAUAUUUUAAGUCAAUAUAAUCGUGAAGAGCAAAGAUUAUUUUUGCAAUUUGUGACAGGAACUCCAAGAUUACCAACUGGAGGUUUUAAAGCUCUCACACCACCGCUUACAAUUGUCAGGAAGAAAGUCGAUGGAAAUCAAGACCCCGACGAAUAUUUGCCAUCAGUUAUGACAUGCGUCAACUAUUUAAAAAUACCUGAAUAUUCGUCUCGUGAAGUCAUGAAAGCCAAAUUAAAGCUUGCUGCAAGUGAAGGCAGUAUGAGCUUUCAUCUUUCUUAAAUGAAAUUUAUUACUUUCUAACAAAUAGAUCAAACAAACACCGCGCUCCCCCUCCGAUGAAAACAAAGAAUAAAAAACUGCUUAGAUAAAAUGAAAAAUUUUGGACCUAUGGAGAAUGAAAAAGGGUCCUUGUUUUUUAAAAUAUGUAUGGUCAGAGCAGUUUCUUUUGUCUUAUUUCUUUAAUAUGUCUUAUUUCAUGAUCGAUUUUAUUGUUCGAGUUCAAUUAAAAAAUAUCUUUGUUUUGAGAAAUAGAAAGAAAGAUUCGAAUGAGUUUUGUCUUUAAUCAAAUGAGGAAAAUUUGAAUACUUCUGUAAAAGAAUCUUUAAUUAUUUUCAAGAACGCAUUUCAAUUUUUUUCUGUUUUGUUGGUCUUAGAUUUGUUUUUACUCAUAUUCAAGUUUUUUAAAUGAUAAGAUUUUCCUUUAGGUAUGUUUUCUGAAAGAGAAUGCAGAUGUGCAAUGAUAAGAACAUUAAUAAUCAAGUGUUGUUGUAAUACAAUACAAAGAAUAUGCGACAAAGGUCUGAUCUAGAAUUUGACGAUCUCUUUAGGACCGAAGCAAUAUGUCUUUGUAAUUCACAGCAUUGAAAAAAUGUAUAAAAAAUCAUAAAUUAAAUAAGCAACUGAAAUAAUAAAAAACCAACUUUAUGUCUAAGGAUUAUUAAAUAAAAAAGGAAUAAAAAUUGAAAUUAAUAUCAGACAAAAAUUA